AUGGUGCACUUAAAUUUCAUGUGCCACAACAUCUGCAUUUUAUUCUAUCAUAAGCCGACAACAACAUCAGCAGCAACAAACAUAACUUUGAAACUUUUCUCAGAGCUUCUGUUCUUUAAUCAUCAACUUUUGUUACUCUGUUAUUUUGAUAUCAGGUCAGCAUUUGUCACAAACGCAGGAGAUGGAACGGAAGAUGUUUCAACAUUGCGAUUUCCUUAUUUAAUAUUCAUGACAAUGAUCAUAAAAAAAACUUCUUUUACUUCCGACAUCAUUUUUUGGUUUUUCUGCUUAUUACAUUCUGAGUUUUUUAUUCAAGCUUUUGUGGGCGACGUUUCAGCGACAAUGAAUGGUGGUGGAAGAAAAAGACAGAAAAAGCUGCUGAAAGAAGUGAAGUCACAAGGAAAUCAUUUAACAUUAAUUAAAAAGGGAACAUAA